ACACCAAUUGAUUCAAGCAUUAACCACAAGAUCUAUAUUUCUGCGGAUAGUGUUAUCCUCUUUUCUUGGAGGCACUCUGAACCAAGGAUUAUAUAUAGCUGGACUUGGACACUCAUCUCCAACCAUCACAGCAGCGCUUGGCAAUCUUUUCCCGGCCUUCACAUUUGCUGGAUCGGUAGCAUUUGGGUCGGAGGUAUUGGAUAUUAGUACUUGGGUGGGUUGGGCCAAACUGAUCAGUGCCUUGGUAUGCAUUUCUGGUGCAAUGAUCAUGUCAUUCCUCCGUGGCCCGAUGCUGAUACGGAAGCCAGAUCUGACAUGGAAAGCACUGAGAAGAUUGUUGAGGGGGCAUCAUCACUCUAGCACUGAAGUCAGUUGGCUCGGUAACAGACGUCUAUUAUCGAAUUCACCCGACCUGAGAGUACCCAUUUUUGGAAUGUCCAGUGCCAAAAUCACUGAAUGGGGGAGAAUGAGUUUCUCAACAACUCACCGAAAGGUGGCAUUCUCAGCUCCAUAUGCCACCACUUGCUUGAUGAGUCUACUUGCCUCUGUUCAACUUUGUGUAGUCGCAAUGAUUGAAGUAGCAAUUUCAGCUAAUGGAAUGAAAGCUUGGCGAUUUGGCUUCGAUGUGGGAUUGUUGGCGAUUCUUUGGAGUGGGUUGGCGGUGUCUGGACUUUCCUUCGUGGCUCAACAAUGGUGCAUCGCGGAGAAAGGGGCCACAUAUGUGGUGAUGUUCAGCCCAUUGGUUCUGAUUCUUGUAUCUGUCGUCGACUGGUUGCUUUUGGAUGAGUCGUUGUAUUUAGGAGGAUUAAUGGGAGCCAUACUUAUCGUUUUCGGAUUGAUUUUAUUCAAUAAAGUUAAAGGAGUUGAGAACGAAAAGCUCAAGAAAAAACUAGAACAUGAUUUAGAAUCUGGUGAGAGGGAUGGUGAGAGGGCCGGUGAGAGGGCUGCUGAGAGGGAUGGUGAGAGGGCUGCUGAGAGGGAUGAGACGGCUGGUGAGAGGGAUGGUAAGUCUGAUGAAGAAAUAGUUGUACUGUAAGGUAGUUUCCAGUGAACUAUAAGGUAGUUUGCAGUGUUGAGUCCGUUGAUGACAAACUCGAGACCUUUUGCUAUGGAGCUAAUAUGCUGUGGGGGAUUUGGAACUUAUAAUUCCCAGAACAAGACUGUUUUGGUGCAGCAAAUUGAUACCUCCUUCUUAAAGUGUAAUAAACCUCAAUUCCUUUUUGUUGUCUUUCUUUAGUACAUUUCCUUUGUAGUUGUAAGAAAUCUUACGACUACAUUCCAUAAUUACUAACUCAAUCUCUAGGCGAUUAUUAUGAACUUUUGUCUUAUU